AUGAUGAAACUUUCAUCAUUAACUGGCCUUCGAGCAGCUGGAACAUUAGGAAUCGCACUAACAGCUAUUAUAUUAUUUAAAAUUGAAAUUUUUCUUUUAUUAGAUGUUUCGAUUAUAAAACAUGUUCGAUCCAAUCUUCGUGAGAAAUUUACUAAAUUAUUUGAUGAUGAUCGAAUAUUAAUUUAUUUAUUUCAUUGUAAUGCUCAAUUACCAACUGGUGAAAAAGCCUUUCGAAUUAUGAGUGAUUGUUAUACUUGGACAAAAGAACCAAUUAUUGAUCGAAUUCAUUUAUUAGAUGAACGAAUUCCAAUAUAUUUCCUUCAUGGUAAACAAGCAUGGAUAAAAAUUGAAUCGUCAUUAAUGUUUCAAAAAUAA